UUCGUUAAAUCACACUGCAUGUAACUAUUCAAUGGAAAACACGCAAAAAGUUUUCAUUUUCUAAUCCUGCAAUUUUACUAAUGGAAAUAUUUUCGAAAUAAUAAAUUGUGAAACCAUUAGUCGCGUUGUCUUUUUCGUAAAGAGUAACAAAUCAGUGAUUUAUUAUCGAUUGAAGUAUAAAUUAUUACUAAGGUGGAAAAACAGUGAAAAAUAAUAUAAAUUUUAUUUCAAUUAUUGUUAGUAUUAGAAUAGUUAAACAAUAACGAUGAGAUUAACGUAAAUUAAAAGGAAUCAUUUAGAAAUUAAAGUACGUUUACUUAUUGUAGUUACUUACUCGAACAUUAUCUAAAUCAAAAUAUAUAAAAAUGAGCUCUCGUCAUCGUUUAACAUCUUUUGGAGAUGUCGAACAUACGAAUUUUCUUUCUGAGGAUAUUGGUGCUCUUUAUCUCUCAAAUAGUUACACGGAUAUAACAUUAAUAGUUGCAGAUCAAAGAUUUAAUGGUCAUAAAAUUAUUCUAGCAGCGCGAAGUCAAUAUUUCAGAGCUCUUUUAUUUGGUGGUUUAAAGGAAUCAACUCAGCAGGAAAUUGAAUUAAAAGGUGCAUCUGUACCAGCUUUUAAAGGAUUAUUUAAAUACAUAUAUACUGGACAUAUAUCCCUUGCAAAUCAACGUGAGGAGGUAAUCGUCGACAUUCUUGGUUUGGCACAUCAAUAUGGAUUUGUAGAACUUGAAAAUGCAAUAUCUGAUUAUCUUAAAAAAAUCCUUAGCAUAAAAAAUUUUUGUGUUAUAUUUGAUGCCGCACGUCUUUAUCAAAUGGAAUUUUUGAAAAAGUGGUGUUAUCAAUAUGUUAAUAAACAUGCUGCCGAAAUUAUACAUCAAGACAGUUUUUUACAAUUAAGUCCUAUAGCUUUAAAUGAACUUAUUUCACGUGACUCAUUCUAUGCACCAGAAAUUGAUAUUUUCUUAGCCGUACAAGAAUGGAUCAAAGCAAAUCCCAAUGUGGAUGCAAAGGAAAUCUUAGCACAAGUAAGAUUAAGUCUUAUUUCUUUGACCGAUCUUUUAAAUGUUGUGAGGCCAACUAGAUUGGUAUCUUCCGAAGCUAUUUUAGAUGCAAUAACAGCAAUAAUGGACAAAUCUUCAGAACUUGCUUAUCGAGGCCAAAUGUUGGUAGAUCAAAAUAUUGCCAUUGCAGUUUAUGGCGCUGAAGUUCUACAAGGUGAAAUGCGUAGUUAUCUUUUGGAUGGUAAUUCUUAUAAUUAUGAUAUGGAACGUGGAUAUACAAGACAUGCAAUAACGGAUACACAGGAACAUGGUAUACUAAUUAAGUUAGGUACACAAUGCAUAAUAAAUCAUAUAAAGAUGUUAUUAUGGGAUAGAGAUUUACGUUCAUAUUCUUAUUACAUUGAGGUAUCCGUGGAUCAAAAACAUUGGGUGAGAAUUAUCGAUUAUACGAAAUACUUUUGUCGUAGCUGGCAAUAUUUAUAUUUUGAACCAAGGGUUAUGGUUUAUAUUCGUAUUGUUGGUACAAAUAAUACCGUGAAUAAAGUAUUCCAUGUUGUAAGUUUUGAAGCGUAUUAUAGAAAUCACUCAGAAAAAUUAUCUGAAGGAUUUAUCAUUCCAACGAGAAAUGUUGCUAUUAUGAAGUUUGGUGCCACUGUUACAGAAGGAGUGAGUAGAAUACGUAAUGCUUUACUAAAUGGUGAUACAUCAGAUUAUGAUUGGGAUAGUGGAUAUACCUGUCAUCAAUUGGGUUCAGGUUCUAUAUUAAUACAAUUAGGACAACCUUAUAUCAUAGAUUCUAUGAGAUUAUUACUUUGGGAUUGCGAUAAACGCUCAUAUUCUUAUUACAUAGAAGUAUCUAGUAAUUAUUUAACUUGGGAUCUGGUAGUUGAUAAGACUAAAGAACUUUGUCGUUCUUGGCAAGUACUUCAUUUUCAUCCAGCCAGACCCGUUGUUUUUAUACGUAUAGUUGGAACCUAUAAUACGGAGAACGAGGUAUUUCAUUGUGUGCACUUUGAAUGCCCUUCUCAAGUCGAAGAUAAGGCUCAAAAAUCUCCUAUAAACCAUGAAAACCAUUUGACAAUUAAUCCUACAGAAACAGAAAAAAUAGAUCAAGAUGAUGGUGAUUCGACAGAUGAUUCUGUUAUUAUAGCUGCAGUACUUUAAUGUGAUCUAACGCAUACAACAUUUUCGCAUGUGAUAGCAUCCAGCAAAAACUUUCAAGACUAUAGAAUAAGAAUAUUUAUAAGAGUGUAAUGGUAUAACCACGAACACAUCUCAUAUAAAAUAAUAUUUAUUAAAAGAGAUCUUUUGUUAUAUUAACGUAUUUAUAAAUUUACAGAAAGAAAAAUAGAAGUAAAAAAAAAAAAAAAAAAAAAAAAAAAAAGAAAAAAAAAUAAAGUUGAACUAGGUGCUUCGUAGAUUUGAAAAACUAUUAUAUAUUAUACUCAUUGUUCGUGGUCUCACACACACAUACACAAACACACACAUAUACAUAUAUAUAGAAUAUUUUUAUUUAAGACUUUGCUCUACCGAUAUAUAAAGCAUAUUAUAUAUGUAAUUUUUUUUUUUUUUAUAUAUAUUAUAUAGAAUGAUUUUUUGUUUGUUGAUAACAUUAUUUCUUAUUAAAGUAUAUUUAUAAAAUUCUGCAAUGUAAUAGGUAUAAAGAAAUAGCAAUCAAACUUAGGUGCCAACUUUUUAAUCUCAAAAUUAUAUUAACUCUGAGCUUAUAUAUUAAUGCUAAGUAAAUUUAUCUUUUUUUUUCCCUGUUUGUUUUAAUUUUAUUAAUACAAUCUUUUAAUAUGUAUAAAAACACCGUUAUAUAUAAUACGUUAUUUUUAUAUAUAACAAAUUAUAUAAAACAUAUUAAUAAUAAAAUAACAAAUAAUAAUAAAAUAAUAUAUAAAACAAUCUCUCUUAAUCUACAGAAUAGAGUUCAAGAUCAUAACAUACUAUUUUCUACAUAUCCAUAUGUAUAUAUAUAUAUACAUAUCCAUAUGUAUAUAUAUAUAUACAUACAUAUAUUAUAGUUAGAACAUUUCUAUGUUUCUGUCUUAUAAUCUGGCAAUUUUUAUGCACAUCACAAAAAUAUACAUUCAUUCUAUAUACGGUGCAGUUUUUUCAUUUUAUUGAUUCAAGAUGAACUAAUGUUUGAAAAAGUUUCUUUUUAUUUUAUUUUUUUUUUUAUUUUAUCUUUAUUUACAUACAAAUAAAAUCAUAUUUAUUAUAUAAAUCAUUCAUUUUAUCAUUUAUUAUGUGAUCCAUUUUAAAUCAGCACAUAGUGAUAUAUGAUCACUUGGAAGUACUAUAGAAGGUAAACCAAUAUGUAUAGUAAGUUCUUCAUUGCUAGGCAUUGGAAUUACUUGCUCUACUUCAAAUUUAUUUUUUUGAUAAAAUAUAUAAUCUAAACAGCCUGAAAAUUCUGGUGUAUAAUUUGUAUAUAUCGGUGUUCCACAUGCACUUGCAAAACGAAUAUUAUAAGUUAAAGAUACAUCCUUCACAGUUUCUUCCAAAUCUGAAAGAAUUAUAUAUAAAUAAAAUUUUCAAAGAAUAAGAUAAGAGUAAUUAAAAUAAAAAAAAAUAAAAAAAAAUAAAAAAAGUCCUUACUACUACUCCAAUCCUUAUAAUUUUCAGGUAUAUAGUUUUCAGUCAUUAAUUGAUAAAUACCACAAUCAGGUACACUGUUAAAGUCACCACAUAACAAAAUGCUAACAUUGCUUUGAGGGUGCUAAAAUAUAUAUUUGUAACUAUAAUUUAUUUAUUCAUAAUAUGUAAUAAUGCAAGAAAUUAAUUUUAUGAUUAUGUUAAAAUCUAAUACUACAUACUAUAUAUGAGAUAUAUAUAUAUAUAUAUCAUAUAUUCAUAAUAAAAAAUUUUUACAUAC